AUGGUGUUUUAUGGUCAAACAAUCGAUGGCAUCCCCGAUCGGGGCUAUGGACUAUUUAUUACCGCGCUGGUAAUGGUGCUCAUUGCGGCCAUUUUUGUUGCCAUUCGUCUAGCAACAAGGGUUCACUUGAGACAGUUCGGUUGGGAUGAUCUUUUUCUUUUGAUCGCCCUGGUGGCAUCGGUCAUGACAACGGUUGCUAUCAACUUGGCCGUGGUGAAUGGUUAUGGCAGGCAUAAAAAGGACAUGGGAGAUAGUAUACAUACAGCCCUUAUGUGGUUCUUUAUCGCACAGACACCCUAUAAGAUCGCACUUGGCUUCACAAAGGCCUCAAUCGUCCUUCUCUACCUCCGGAUCUUCAUUACAGAGACCUUCCAGCGUGUCGGAAAGGUUUAUCUGGUCUUUAUUGCCGCAUGGACAAUUGCAUCGGUCCUUGUCACAAUACUCCAGUGUAUCCCGAUCGAGGCUUCUUGGAACAAAAAUAUCACAAACAAACGAUGCGUGGAUAAAGAUAGCUGGUGGUACGCAUUUGCGGCAAUCAAUACGGUUACAGACUUUUUGAUCGCCAUUCUUCCCAUUUCUCCAAUUCGCCACCUGAAGCUUUCGAAGCGUGACAGGAUUGGAUUGCUUUGUGUCUUUGGUGUUGGAGCUUUUGUCUGUAUUACUAGUAUCCUCCGUACGGUUGCAGUAUCUCAAACAUCGACUGGGCUAGACCAGAGCUGGGACUUCAUCCCUCGCUCAGUCUGGACUCUCGUCGAAUGCAACAUGGGAAUAAUCUGUGCCUGUCUCCCGAUGAUGCGCCGGCCGCUGAGCUUUGCAUUUCCAUGGCUCUUCAAAGGUUCGACUCGGAAGGAGUCAGAAAGACUCAGCUAUGUUCCCCUUGAGCUCAAAUAUACAAAUCGCCAUCUACGUCCACGGGAAGGUCAAAGUCAAGAAGAGAUUUUGCAAUCAAAUGUGAAACACGGAGAGGGUUUGGCCGAGGAACAAGAGAUCCAUAUAUCUGUCACGACGGAGAUCCAGCAAAGCGUCGUGACCUUUGGGGAGAGGAGCCUAAAGAGUCACAACUUGUGA